AUGGUGGCCACCUCUGCUACGUCGUCGUUCUUUCCUGCACCGUCUUCCUCGCUUGAUCCUAAUGGAAAGGGCAACAAGGUUACGUCAACGAAUUUCACUGGACUCAAUUCGACACCAAACAAUGGUAGAAUGAAGGUUAAGCCAAACGCUCAGGCUCCACCCAAGAUUAAUGGGAAAAAAGUUGGUUUGCCUGGUUCAGUAGAGAUCAUGAAGACUGAUACCGAGACUUCGCAACCCGCGCCUAGAACAUUCAUCAACCAGUUACCUGACUGGAGCAUGCUUCUUGCUGCCAUAACAACGAUUUUCUUAGCAGCUGAGAAACAGUGGAUGAUGCUUGAUUGGAAACCUAGGCGUUCUGACGUGUUAAUGGAUCCGUUUGGUUUAGGGAGAAUUGUUCAGGAUGGCCUUGUGUUCCGUCAGAAUUUCUCCAUUAGGUCUUAUGAAAUAGGUGCGGAUCGCUCAGCAUCUAUAGAAACAGUCAUGAAUCAUUUACAGGAAACGGCCCUCAAUCAUGUUAAGACUGCUGGACUGCUGGAAAAUGGGUUUGGUUCUACCCCUGAGAUGUUUAAGAGGAAUCUGAUAUGGGUCGUUACUCGUAUGCAGGUUGUGGUUGAUAAAUAUCCUACUUGGGGAGAUGUUGUUGAAGUAGAUACCUGGGUCAGUCAGUCUGGAAAGAAUGGCAUGCGUCGCGAUUGGCUAGUUCGGGAUUGCAAUACUGGAGAAACCUUAACACGAGCGUCAAGUGUGUGGGUGAUGAUGAAUAAACUGACAAGGAGAUUAUCAAAGAUUCCUGAAGAGGUUCGAGCGGAAAUAGAGCCUUAUUUUGUGAAUUCGGCUCCUGUCCUUGACGAGGACAGCAGAAAGUUAACAAAACUAGACGACAAGACUGCUGACUAUGUUCGAUCUGGUCUCACUCCGCGGUGGAGUGACCUAGAUGUUAACCAGCAUGUUAACAAUGUGAAGUACAUCGGGUGGAUACUCGAGAGUGCUCCAGUGGGAAUAAUGGAGAGACAGAAGCUGAAAAGCAUGACUCUGGAGUAUCGGAGGGAAUGCGGAAGAGACAGUGUGCUUCAGUCCCUGACCGCUGUUUCGGGAUGCGAUAUCGGUAACCUCGGAACAGCCGGGGAAGUGGAAUGUCAGCAUCUGCUUCGACUCCAAGACGGAGCCGAAGUGGUGAGAGGAAGAACUGAGUGGAGUUCCAAAACACAAACAACGACUUGGGGCAAUAUUUCACAGUAA